AUGAUGAUACAAUUAUUAUGCUUAAUUUCAAUGGUCGCUAUUGAUUAUGGCGCAUCAAUAAAAUUAACACCGAGAGUUGUUGGAGGGAGACUUGCCGAGCCAGGUGAAGUCCCAUACCAGGUUGCUCUACAAAACAUUGUAACAAAGGAACAAUUCUGCGGUGGAGUCAUAAUUAACGAGUAUUAUGUAGUAACCUCUGCUCAUUGUAUAUUUUGGGAAGACAUUUUGGACAUUGCGGUCAGUGCUGGAACAACAGACCUUCGAAAACCGCAUUCAGUGCAUCUAGCUGUGUUAGGUCAUGUACACGAACAAUAUGAUCCCGAACAUUUCAAUGGCAGAUUCAAUUACGAUAUCGGUUUAGUUAAGGUCCAAACUCCAUUUGUAUUUUCUUUUUUGAUAUCUCCUGCCAAUUUACCGAAACAAGAUGAAUUUGUCGAAACAGGCUCGACAGCAUUAAUAUCGGGAUUCGGCGUGAUAACGUAUCCUGCAGGAAAGACAACCAAUCAGUUGUACAUCGUAGAUAAUAUAAUAGUCAAUCAAACUUAUUGUAACGAAAUAUAUAUAGACCUAAUAGAUGCAGAAAUUUACGAUUCGCAAAUCUGCUCAAUUCAUCCAACUGAAGAAAAGGGUAUAUGCUUUGGUGAUUCUGGUGGCCCUCUUACUGUCAAUGGAAAACUCGUUGGACUCGUUGUGUAUACGUACGAUUGCGGUAGUAGUAAAUAUCCCACCGUGUAUACACGCGUCCCGUCGUACAUUACUUGGAUAAAUGAACAAAUAAAAAUUGACAAAAAAUUAUAA